AUGGUGGUUUGGCCUAAACUGGGGGCAAUAGAUGAUGGUUUGGGUCUCGAAAUAUCUGGACGUGUUAAGGGUGGAAAGGGUUUGGGAAAGGGGGGCGCCAAGCGUCACCGUAAAGUUUUUCGAGACAAUAUUCAGGGCAUCAUUAAGCCCGCUAUUCGCCGCCUGGCUCGGCGUGGAGGAGUCAAGCGCAUCUCUGGCCUCUACGAGGAGACCCGCGGGGUGCUGAAGGUGUUCUUUGAUAAUGUGACCCAGGAUGCAGUUACCUACACAGAGCACGCCAAGCGCAAGACUGUCACCGCCAUGGACGUGGUCUACGCGCUCAAGCGCCAAGGACGCACCCUCUAUGGCUUCGGCGGCUGAAAAAGUUUCACCUUGUUUACUCAAAGGCCCUUUUUAGGGCCCGGAAAGUUUCACUGAAAGGGCUAAAAUUU